AUGACUGAAGAACAACCAGUCAACAAUGCAGCUAAAGAUUUAAGUACAAAUGGUAACAAUAUUUUCAAUGAUAAGAAACUAGGGACAGACGAAGUGGAAAAAAACAAGUCAAAAGUAAAUUUUACAAAUGGUGGAGUUGAAAAUUAUAAAUUUUAUCCAGAUCAACCAGAAAAUCAUCGUCAUAAAUAUAGAUGGGCAAUGAAAGAACCUUCAAAAUUUUAUGAUCCUUGUGAAGAAAGUAGAAUGGCAUCAAUGGAUUGUUUGUAUAGAAAUCAAGAUGAUAAAUAUGUUUGUCAAGACUUUUUUGAUGCUUAUAGAGAAUGUAGGAAAGAUUUCUUUAGAAAGAAAAAAGCUGAUAAACUAGAAGGUAAAAAAGGUUGGGGUUGGUGA